AACACCGUGCAAAGUGAAACUUGCAUUUCUCAAUUACUAUUUAAAAAGAUCCGUGUCACCAGUUCUUCAAGACAGCCACCCGCCUAGUCUCUUCUAAGACAAUGGACAAUAAGCCGGAUGUGCUCAGGCGGGAGCUGGUGGAUGUUGAGGGCAUCCCCCUCUUCUGGGGCACGGCUAAGGAGUGGUCGCAGGUGCAAUCAUUUGAGACCCGACCAGAUGACCUUCUGAUUUCCACCUACCCCAAAUCUGGAACGACCUGGGUCAGUGAAAUACUGGAUUUGAUCUAUAACAAUGGGGACACUGAAAAAUGCAAACGAGAUGUAAUAUACAACAGGGUGACAUUCAUGGAGUUAAUUAUUCCUGGAUUUGCAGAUGGUGUUAAGGAGUUGGAAAGCAAGCCAUCUCCUCGAUUAGUGAAAACACACCUACCUGUUCAGCUUCUCCCUUCCUCGUUCUGGAAGAAUAAUUGUAAGAUUGUCUACGUGGCAAGGAAUGCUAAAGACGUGGCUGUGUCUUACUAUUAUUUCUAUCAGAUGGCAAAAUUGCACCCAGAUCCUGGGACCUGGGAAGAAUUCCUGGAUAAAUUUAUCACUGGGAAGGUUGCUUUUGGUUCUUGGCAUGACCAUGUGAAGGGCUGGUGGGAGAAGAGGAAAGAUCAUCGCAUCCUUUACCUCUUCUAUGAAGAUCUGAAAGAGGACCCAAGGCGUGAAAUUCAGAAAUUGAUAAAGUUUCUUGAGAGAGAUAUAUCAGAAGAAAUUAUGGAUAAAAUCCUCUACCAUAGUUCUUUUGAAGUAAUGAAGAAGAAUCCUAGUGCAAAUUACACCACUGUACCACAAAGUGAUAUGGAUCACUCCGUGUCUCCUUUCAUGAGAAAAGGCAUUUCAGGAGACUGGAAGAAUCAGUUCACUGUAGCCCAGUAUGAGAGAUUUGAAGAAGAUUAUGAAAAGAAAAUGAAAAAUACCACAUUAAAAUUUCGCUCAGAGGUCUAAGGCGGGCCUACUUUUUCUCUGAUUCCUUUAAUUGACAUUUGACUUGUCUGAUGUUCUUGUUUUAAUCUUAAAACACCAUGACUUUCAUGUAGGCAAUCUAAUCAAGUUCAGAAUGUUCAACUAUCUCAUUUCCCUAGUUCAGAUGCACUAAAUUUCAAAAUAAUAUGCUAAUAUAAUUAAUUCCAUAUGAUCUAAAGAAGCAGAAGAGUUCAAUCAUUUUAUUCUUUGUGUCACAUAUUGAUGUUAUUAUGAAAUUCACUGUUGAAGAUGGUGAUAUAUUCUAAAAAUCCUUUUAUCCAUGAUAUUACCUCAGCUUUGUAUAAUUUGAUGUCAGCACUUCCAUGUAUAAUAAUUAUUUUCCAGCCAACUCUUUUCUCUUCUUUACCUGAUUUCUGACUCACAUCAAAUUACGAUUGCUUUGGAUCCUUCUGGCAUCAACUAUUCUUGUUUAUGGCAUACUCCUUUUUAUGUGAGAUCCACUAUAAAGUCAUAACAAGAAACAAACUACUGAUUGAUAUAUGUCAAUUUAGGAGUAUCUCCAGAUUACAUUAAGUGCACAGGUAAGCAAGCUAGGCCCCCAAACACAAAUACUACACGAUUUAUUUAUAUAAAUUGUAAUAGAAGCAGGUUAAGUGCACAGGGCUCAAAGCGCAAGGACUGGCAAAAGGAUCCUGGUUCCUGCCCCUGGAUCCCCACCUGCAGGGGAAUUCCUUCACAGGUGGUGAAGCAGGUCUUCAGGUGUCUGUCUUUCUCUCCCCUUCUCUGUGUUCCCCUCCCCUCUCCAUUUCUCUCUGCCCUAACAUCAAUAACAUCAACAAUAAUAACUACAACAACAGUAAAAAAUAAGGGCAACAAAAGGGAAAAUAAAUAAAUAUUAAAAAAUUGUUGAAAUAAUGAAAUUACUGAAAUGAAGAAGUGACUAGUGCUUGCCAGGAUUUAAAGAAGAGACUGGAAUAAUGAAGGUGAAGAUAGUAGAGGGAGCUUGAAGGAUCCUUUGAUGUCUACUUUAUAGUUCUUAUGGUGCCAGAAGGGGGUUGUUUAGGAGGCGGUGUGGCAACAGUUGAUCUGCCCAUGCUCUGGUGGCUCUCCCUCUAUUUUCUCUGUACUUCCUGUCUUGUUGAAUGAAAAGGUCACCUUGAGUGGUGAAAUCUGUUUAUGUCCAAAAAAAAAAAGACAAAAAGUAUAUUGAUAGAAGCAUAUAUUAGAUAUACAUGAAUAUAUAAAUAAUAAACA